GAGAGAGAGAGAAUAAUGUGUAUGUAGUGUGGCCACUCUGGAAGAGAAGAGAACCAACUCAACUCAAAACUCAAAUUAUUUGGUUUCUGCUCUGUAAAUCCCCUCUGCUGCUUAACAACAUCCAUCUUCUCCAAAACAAAAACAAAGAAAUAUCUAAAAUCUGGAACUUACGCUGAUCCAUAAUUUGUUGCUUUUCUUCCUUCGUACAAUGUCAGAACUUUAGCAUCACCUUUUUGCCUUUCCUUCUUACUAACUCAGAUAACUACCGCCACCAUGACUUCAAAAUCUAGACCCAAUCUAUCUGAAAAUUCCAACAAAGGAUCGAUGGCAACUCCUAGAGCCAGUAAAGCUAGCAAAGUUGUAUCCAAAUCAGAAUCUGAGUCACCAUCACCACUGCAAAAUUCGCGACUUUCUGUGGAACGAUCACCACGAUCUGUGAAUUCAAAGCCCGCUGUUGAGCGGAAAUCACCAAGACCCUCUGCCACCCCACUUGAUAAACAACCCCCUAGAGCUGCAAAGGGUUCUGAUUUGCAGAACCAAUUGAAUCUUGCUCAAGAAGACCUAAAGAAAGCAAAGGAGCUGCUUAUUCAGGCUGAGAAGGAGAAGCUAAAAGCAAUUGAUGACUUGAAAGAAGCACAAAGAGUGGCUGAGGAAGCAAAUGAGAAACUCCGGGAAGCAUUGGUUGCUCAAAAACUCGCUGAGGAGAAUUCUGAGAUUGAGAAGUUCCGAGCUGUGGAAUUGGAACAGGCUGGAAUUGAAACUGUGAAGACGAAGGAAGAAGAAUGGCAGAAAGAGAUUGAAAGUGUGAGGAACCAACAUGCUUUGGACAUGGCUGCUCUUCUCUCCACCACUCAGGAGCUUCAGCAGGUUAAACAAGAACUCGCCAUGACUUGUGAUGCAAAGAACCAGGCAUUGAAUCAUGCUGAUGAUGCAACUAAAAUUGCCGAGAUUCAUGCAGAGAAAGCAGAGUUUUUAUCAGCUGAGUUGAUGCGAUUGAAGGCCUUACUGGAUUCAAAACUGGAAACAGAGGCCAGUGAAAAUCAGGUUAUAUUUAAACUGAAAACAGAGAUAGAAGCUCUCAAGGAAGAACUUGAAAAGGCAAAGGAUUACGAUGAUAAGUUGUCAGAGAAAGAAACUUUUAUUGAACAGCUUAAUGUGGAGCUUGAAGCUUCAAAGAUGGCUGAAUCUUAUUCACGUAGCCUGCUAGAGGAGUGGCAUAAGAAGGUUGAGGAACUAGAAAUGAGGAUUGAAGAAGCAAACAAGCUGGAGAGAUCUGCAUCAGAGUCUUUGGAAUCUGUAAUGAAACAGCUUGAAGGAAACAAUGAUUUGUUGCAAGAAGCAGAAUCUGAAGUUGCUACUCUUGAAGAGAAGGUGGGAUUAUUAGAAAUGACAAUUGGUAGACAGAGAGCAGAUGUUGAGGAUUCAGAACGCCAACUUCGUCUGGCUAAGGAAGAAAGUCUUGAAAAGUCAAAGGAAGUUGAGGCUCUGAAAUCUGAACUUGAGAAGGUCAAGGAAGAGAAAGCACAGGCUUUGAACGAUGAAAAGCUUGCUGCUUCUAGUGUGCAGGCCUUAUUAGAAGAGAAAAACAAACUUAUCAGUGAAUUGGAGAAUUCUCGGGAUGAAGAAGAAAAAAGUAAAAAGGCAAUGGAAAGCUUAGCUUCUGCAUUACAUGAAGUAUCUGCAGAAGCUAGAGAAGCCAAAGAAAAUCUACUAAACAUCCAAGCUGAACGUGAAAGCUAUGAUGCCCAGAUUGAAGACUUAAAGUUAGUCUUAAAAGCUACUAAUGAAAAAUAUGAGUCCAUGCUUGAUGAGGCACGGCAUGAGAUUGAUGUUCUUGUAUGUAGUAUUGAAAAUUCUAAGAGUGCCUUUGAGAACUCCAAGGCUGAGUGGGAGCAUAGAGAGCUUCAACUAGUCAGCUGCAUAAAGAAAAAUGAAGAAGAGAAGGUGUCCCUGGAAAAAGAAAUAAAAAGAUUGCUUUAUUUGCUUAAAGAAACUGAGGAAGAAGCUAAUGCCAACAGGGAGGAAGAAGAUCAAUUGAAGGAAAAUCUGAAGGAAGUUGAGGCUGAGGCAAUCCAACUGCAGGAAGCUCUUAAGGAAACAACAGCGGAGAACAUGAAAUUGAAGGAAAAUUUAUUGGAUAAAGAAAAUGAGUUGCAGAGUAUGUUUCAAGAAAACGAUGAACUCCGAAGUAGGGAAGCUGAAUCUAUCAAGAAGUUGGAGGAGUUAUCUAAGUUGCUGGAAGAAGCUACAACCAGAAACCACACUGAGGAAAAUGGGGAUCUUACUGACAGUGAGAAGGACUAUGAUUUGCUUCCUAAAGUAGUUGAAUUUUCUGAAGAGAAUGGACUUGUAGGAGAGGACAUUUCAAAGGUAGAGCUUUCAGUGAAUCAGGAGGAACUCAAACAAAACAAUAUGCAGGAAGAUAGCAUUCUGUCCAACGACAAGGCUGAAAAAAUUGAAUCUCCCAAACAUGAGGAAGUGAGUGGAAAACGGAAGGAAGAUGAGACCAAAGAAAAGGAGGAGAGCAAAGAAAAGGAUGAUUCAGUAGAAGUUGAAUAUAAAAUGUGGGAGAGCUGCAAGAUAGAGAAAAAGGAGUUCUCGCCAGAGAGAGAAGCAGAGCCUGAAUCAUUUGAAGAGGAAGUUAACUCAAAAAUAGAAAAAGGUGGCGAGAGCUUUGACAAGAUAAAUGGAAAUGCUGUAACAGAGAACAUUGAUGAGAGUGGGAGUCCACCAUCAAAACAAGAACAAUUGAAGAAGAAGAAGAAGCCUUUGCUUGGCAAGUUCGGAAGCCUGCUCAAGAAGAAGGGUGCUAGCAACCAGAAAUAGAACAAUUGUAUGAGAGGUAAAUUGAACAUUCAAUUGUUUGCACGUGUUUACUUUUGUGAUUUUUGCUUCUCAGAAUAGGAUUUUUAUGGUAUCACGAGGCUUGUAAUAUUGUUUAGGAUUUUUCGCUAGUGCUUCUUUUGGAUUGUGGUUCUCCAUGUUAGUGGCAAAUUGUAUGUGAUGCAGAUGCAGAUUCCCUCCUUUUUUCUCCCAUCUUUGUUCGUCCCUUGCCCUCCUAUCUAGAUUUGACGACAGAAGUGGCAAGUUGGAUUGUAUUUUUCGUCAUCCCAAAUUCAAAUGAAAGUUCAUAAAGUUUGAUGUUUCA